UCCUUGUGAGGCACAUUUGUCUUCGAGAGAUUUUAAUAUUUGAUCGUUUGAAAAUAAGUCCAUGCCUCAAUAACAUUAUUUACGAAGUAUUCGGCAGCUCUCGCGUCUUGUAUCUUCUCCUGAUCGCUAAGGAAAGAUUCGUUGUUGAUUGUGUACGUCGAAGUGGUCUUGACUUAUUAAUUUCGACUACUUAACAUCAGAGUAUGUCUGCAACAAUUCUUUCAAUUUGUUCAACUUUGAAGAGGAUAGCUUGCAGUGAUGUUGGCGUAAAAGUUGCUUAGCUUCAAUCUGAAGGAACAAAUACUGAAAAAGGAACGUGUCGAGUACAAUUAACACGUCGAUCAAGUUUUCACAUCAAAAAGUUAAAUUGACAAAUUUAAUUUGGUCUUUUUAAUUAAAAAAAUCUACUUUGGUUUCAAUCGAGAUUUAUUCCACUUUUACGUGAGGAACUACGCUUCUUGGUGAAGCGUUCGGUGCAAUGGCACAUUUACUUGGAAGUGAAGCUUGUUUAGAGAGCUUGAAACAAGACGUCAAUGACGUUCAAACGACAGUAAUGGAUUUAUUAUCCAGAGUAGGACAUUUAAGAAGUCCAUCAUGGAAAUAUCCCGAUAAGGUAGCAUGUGAAUUGGAUAUUGAUGAACUACUGGAGAGAUAUUCAUAUUCCAGUGAUGAAGAUCACUGUAAACUGUCACACAUCAUUCUUUUUGAACUUCUGAUUGACAGACUUGUUCUUUUGCUGCAAUGUAUGGCUCAGUUCAGUGACCAACUGCUGACCUCAUGUGAUGGCAGGCCUAGUAGUGGUAAAAUAUUAGGUUCCAGUAUGUCUGUUGGACUGGUAGCCAAAAAGUUUUGGAACAAACUUGUUCAUGUGCAGCAAACCAUCCAGAAACUCCAGACUGAGAGCAAAGCCAAAAACAAAACAAUGUCCAAGAUGGAAGACACGAUAACAGAUCUGCGGAGUGAGGUAAAACUCUUCAAGCAAGCAUCAGAUAAAAGAUCAGGCAAAUCUUCUGUUGUCCAAGGAAAAAUUGAAAGCCAAAGUGCUAAUAGAACUUCUGUGAAGUUCAUUCUCUCUCCAUCUGAGGAGUUAUCUUUAGAAAGUUCUACACCCUCAAAGGAACUUACCCUUGCUGUAGAAGAUGUUACUAAUGCAAAGACUUAUCACGAGUCAUCAACACAGACUUAUGACACUGCAUUUAUUCCAUGUGAGGCUUGUGCUAGAACACAACAAAAUCUUAUUGAAGUUGGUAGCAUGGUGAUAAAAGUAUGUGAAUCUCAAGGACUUCCAUCUUCGCUGGCAAAGCAGAAAAAACUCUUGCGGCAGUCGCUAAUGGCUGCUGCUGAUGUGUCCAGGUGGGCAUCUGAACAGAGCCAUGAUCUUGCAAGAAUUAAUGAUCACUUGGAUAAUUUGUAUGCACAGAUAAAUCCACUGGAAGAUAAACUUAGUAGGUCAAAACAAGUUUGUGCACAACUGGAAAAGCAAAUCCAAGACCUGGAAAAGCAGUUGUUAGAUAAGGACAGUGAAGGUGAAAAGAAAGAAACGGACUUUAAAGAGAAGCUUAAACAAGUUGUUGCUGAGAAAGAUCUGCUAUUAUCUGAUGCAGAAAAAGUGAACAAUGAACUUGUGAAGGGAAAAGAUGUCCUUCAGGGUAUGGUGCUCAAACUGGAGGAAAAGAAAAAGAAGUAUAAAGAAACAGUUAAAACUCUAGGUGAAGAAAACAACAGGUUGUUAACAGAGUUAGAUAAGGAGUCUAAGGAGGUAGCAAGAUUAACAGUGGUAGAGUCUGAAGUACAACAACUGAAGGUAGAAAUGGAUGACUUACAAGUCAAACUAAAAAACACUUCUAUUGAAUUGGGAAAAACACAGGCCAGGAACAAGACCUUGGAGAAACACGAACAGGCUUUGCAAAGCAAACAUGAUGCACUUCUUAAAAGAGUGGAUAAUCUGGACAAUGAAUGUGAGGAGCUGCGUGACAGAGUGCUUGAGGCAGAAGGAGAGAGAGAUGAACUGCAAGGAGUGAUGGAAGGUUUGCAAACUGAAAAGACAAACCUCUCUGAAGAGCUUGAUUCCAAGCAGAACCUUCUGGAAGAACUCAGACUUGAAAAGGAAAAACUUCUGCAAGAAGUGGAAGAAUUUGAGGCAAAGGCAAACAAACUUGAACAGCAGCUGAAAGAAAGUGAAGAAAAACUUCAACUCGUGGUAGAAUUUCCAUCCAUUGAUUCCAAACAGCAGAAAUCUUCCUCGUCAGACAAAGAGGUGAUGUUUAAUGGGGAAGUUCCUUCAGAAGCAGAGGUAGCUAAAGAUAUGGAGAGACAAGUUAUGGCCAACAAUAUCAGAAUUAUGACUCUUGAGGAACAAAAUGAAAAGUUGAGGAAGUCUAUAUCUUUCUUGAUGAACGCUCGAGAAAACAUCUCCAAGAAGAAAGUACAAGAACCUGUUCCAUUGUGGAAGCAACACAGUGACGAACCUGGACUAAUAGAAGACCAGAGAGAUUUACUCAGAAGGUCUCCUGUGCAGAAUUUUUAUGAAGAAAACCCAAAUGUUUCUCACAAACGCCCUGCAUCUGCCGUAAGAGAAGGACAGCGGUCGAACUCAGACCACUACAUGUCAAACCAAAUACAGCCCCGCCCACCUGAGAAACCUAGAGCCCAGUCCGCGAAGACAAGGACGAAGGCAACAACCUCAAGAUUUGCCGAGACUAAACAAAGUGCUUCAUUGAGUGCGAAACUUGCUGCUAGUGGGAAACAUGCAACAGGCAUUUUGGGAAGACUAGCGGAAGGACACACACUGAGACAUGAAUGGGAACAUUCUCCUGCCCCUACCCUGGACAUAACAGCCCGUGAGGGGAGGGUUGGGCGUGAAAUUGGACGCACGAGCCCUGCCUCAACACGGUACACGCCCAUGAACGUGUUUGUUUGUAUGAGUUGUGAUAAGAUGUACAACACACAGAAAGAUUUGGAUAUCCAUAAAUCUUUCUGUUAUGGUGUAGUGAAUGAAAACUACACAUGACCAGAUAAGCUUUACUACAUUAUUGAAUACAUCCAAGAAGUUUUUUGAAGCUAUUAAAAUCAUAAACAAAUUCAUUGUGAAAUGAAGUAUUAUACAUUCAAUGCACAUACAUCGCUU